UUAUCCGUCCGGCGUCUACAGUACGUAUCACGUUUUUCUGUGCCACAGAAAUAUACCUUGUUGCCUUUAUUUUCUUCUUGAGCUGUAUUUUUUUUUUUGUCAGUUGUUUUUAAUACAUAAAAAAUGGAAAAUUAACUGCUAUAAAUACUUUUGCAUUUUUCCCAGGCAAUUUUUUUUCAGUGGUAUAGUAUUAUUUAAAAUAAUUUGAUAGUCAUCAUGUCCGAUGUUUCUUCAGGUAAACUCAAGGAACAAGACUUGUCUAACUUGGAUGUUACCAAGUUAACUCCAUCCUCACCUGAAGUUAUUAGUCGUCAAGCUACAAUCAACAUAGGAACAAUUGGUCAUGUAGCUCAUGGCAAGUCUACCAUAGUCAAAGCUGUGUCUGGAGUGCAAACUGUACGAUUUAAGAAUGAACUAGAGAGAAAUAUUACAAUAAAAUUAGACUCAGCAGAUGAAGAUAGUCAACAAAGCUCUAGUAGCUUAACAUUCGAAUGUCCAGUAAAUGAAAAUAAAAGGAAAGAACUUGAAUCUAAUAGUUAUUCUAGAAAUAAAAUAAUAAAAUGUUGUGAAGAAAGUUUAGAUAAUAUUGAUGCUGCUUUAUUAAAUGCUGAAAAAUGUUUAGAAAGUAUAAAAUCUGCCCCUAAAACUUCAAAACACACAAUAAUUUCUAACAAUGAUAGCAAAUUAACAAAAACUACAGGUGAUAAUUUUAUUGGUAGUCAACAAAUAUUUAAGUCUUCUAUCAAUGAGAAUUCUAUUGAAGACAUUACUUGUGGUAAUGUUAACUGUAGUUCUCAGUCUAACAAUGAAAUAGAAAUCUCAGAUGAUACUAAUCAUUCAGACGCAUCUUCUAUUGAAAUGGUUUCUUGUUUGAUUGAAUCUGUAAAUGAUAAAAAUUGUACUGAAAAUUCUAAUAUACCAAUUGUUGAAAAGAGUUCUGUAUCACCUGUAGAUGAAGAUUCUAAUAGUAAUUCAACCAACCAAGCCUCUAAUAGUUUAUUAAAUGAAUCUAUAUCUUCAAUAAAUUUCAUUUCAGAUGAAAAUUAUGAAACAAUACUGAGUUGCUUUUCCUCUGAUAAUAGGGUAAAACAGUUUAUGCUAGAUGGAGGAAUGGUUGAACCUGAUAGUAUUGCAAAUGCCUAUGAUCCAAGUGAAAUUAUUAAAAUAAUUGAUGACAGGGUAAUAAAUAAUGUUCGUUUGUAUUUAGUAAAGUGGAAAAAAUGGUCAAAAGGUUUUAGUACUUGGGAACGAAUUGGUGCUUUAUACAAAUCACAAAAACAAGUUUUUGAAUAUAUUUAUGAAAAAAAAAAACGUCAUAAUGAAUUUAAACAUGUAAGUGUUAUUCAUCCUAUGUUAUCUAGAAAAGUUAUCUCUCAACUUUUUGAUUUAUUUAGAACUGACAAUGGUUUAUCUUUGCCUUUAUUUAACUCUGAUGAAAUAUCUGGUAUGUUUAAUUGCCUUGAUAUUGGAUCUAAAUCUGUACAAAAAUUACGAAAAAAAGCUUUAAAAAUGUGUUUAGCUACUAUUGCUUUAAGUGGUUUUAGACAACAACAGUUACUAGAAUUAAAAUAUUGGGAAAUAGAUAUCAAUACUGUUUCUUUUGGACAUAAAGUGAAAAUAGAAAAUAACAUUGAUCUUGAAGGACCUCCAAAAUAUUUUACUUACACUACUAAAUGUGUUACUAAUGAAGAUGUCGUAGUUCCAGAAGAUCCUCCUAUAGGCUGUAAUUGCAGUAAAAAUUGUUACAAUUCCAGUGAUUGUUGUAAUGAAAUAUCUGGGUACUCAUCUGUGUAUGACACCUUAAAAAAUAUAACAAUAUCUCCUGGAUGUCCGGUUUUUGAAUGUAAUAAAAAAUGUAAUUGUUCCCAUGAAUGUAACAAUAGAGUAGUUCAACUUGGAAGCAAAGUAGAUAUUUGUGUGUUUAAAACAAAAAAAUGUGGUUGGGCAAUAAAAGCAGCUCAAAAUAUAAAAAAAGGGCAAUUUGUUGCAGAAUAUAUCGGAGAAAUAAUAUCAGUAGAAGAAUCUGAAACAAGAUUAGAGAAUGAAACUUCAUCAUCUAACUAUAUGUGGAAUUUAGACUUUGAUGAUCCUCAAAAUUAUAAAUAUAUUAUUGAUGGUUCAAACUAUGCCAAUUUCACACGAUUCAUUAAUCACUCCUGUGAUCCAAAUUUAGGCGUGUAUGCAGUGUGGGUUGAUUGUUUGGAUAGAAAUCUUCCGAGGCUAGCUCUAUUUGCAAAUCGAAAUAUUAACAAUGGAGAACAACUUACAACCGAUUACUUUGCAAGAUGUGAUCAAGAAACAUUAAAAAGUACUGGUUUUACUUGUAAAUGUGAAACUAAAAACUGUAAAAAUUAUUAUUUUUAAUGUAAUACAUUUUGUAAAUACUUAUAGAGAAAUUUUUUAGUUCUAUUAGUCUGUUAAUUAUAUAUUCAAUGUAUUUUUAUGAAUAUUUUGUAUAAAAUUAAUUUUGAAAUAGUUUACUUGUUAUUUUUUGUGCAAUAUUUCAUUUAUAUUGACAAUAAAUUAAUUGAG